AUGGCGACUGGCACCGCGACGACGACGGCUACGGCCACCAGCUCCGUCAAGGUGAGCCCUCAAGGCGGGAUCCUUGAGGGAGGGAACCCGACUCAUUAUGACCCCAAGAACCCGCUGGUUCUGUUUAUCAUUCAGGCCGUAAUUAUUAUCGUGCUUUGUCGCCUGAUUCAUUGGCCCCUCUCAAAGAUCCGUCAGCCUCGUGUCAUUGCAGAGGUCAUCGGCGGCAUCAUCUUGGGUCCCUCGGUGAUGGGCCGAAUUCCUGGCUUCACCGAUGCCAUCUUCCCCAGCGAUAGUAUUCCUAGUCUGAAUGUCGUUGCAAACCUGGGUCUAGUCUUGUUCCUGUUCCUCGUGGGACUGGAGACAGAUCUCCGAUUCCUGGCGAGCAACUGGCGCGUGGCCUUGGGUGUUUCGGCUGCGGGUAUGAUUCUGCCGUUUGCUCUGGGAAGUGCAAUUUCCUACGGCCUAUACAACCAGUUUCAUAAUGACCCCUCAACGGUACCUAUCAAAUUUGGCACCUAUCUGCUAUUUAUUGGUAUUGCGAUGGCCAUCACCGCUUUCCCCGUGCUGUGCCGUAUCCUGACCGAGCUGAAGCUGCUUGGGACUCGGGUCGGCGUCAUCGUCUUGUCCGCUGGAGUUGGCAACGACGUUGUUGGUUGGAUUUUGCUCGCCCUUUGCGUGGCCCUCGUGAAUGCGGGAAGUGGAAUCACCGCUCUCUGGGUCUUGCUGGUUUGCACGGGAUACAUGCUUUUCCUAUUUCUUGUCUUCAAACCAAUCUUCUACCGCUUCCUUGAGCGCACAGGAAGCCUGCAAAAGGGGCCUAGUCAAUCGGUUGUGACCUUGACCUUGCUUAUUACCCUUGCUUCUGCAUUCUUUACGCAAGCCAUUGGUGUCCAUGCUAUCUUCGGUGGAUUUGCGAUUGGAUUGAAGAUCUCGUUGCAGCCCUUUUCUUACCCCCUCUAUUUCACACUGUCUGGCCUGAGCACAAACCUGGGGCUACUGGACAGUGGCAUCGUCUGGGGCUAUGUGAUCGGCGUUAUUGCCAUUGCUUUCACUGCCAAGGUGGCAGGAGGCACUCUUGCAUCUCGCUGGUGUGGACUGCUCUGGCGCGAGAGUUUCUCGAUCGGUGUUCUGAUGAGUUGCAAAGGUCUAGUCGAGCUGAUUGUUCUGAACAUUGGCUUGCAAGCCAAGAUUUUGAGUACCCGCACAUUCACCAUCUUCGUGGUGAUGGCGUGGAGCGAUGGCGGCGGGGGGGAAAUUGAUUGGGAUGGUAACCCUGUUCAGGAGGAUAUCAGCCCCGAUAGUGUCUCUGUGGCGAAGGAACAGCUGAAGACCGUACCUGUUCGCAAGCUGCUGGUCUAUCUUCGACUGGAUGGGUUGCCGGGCAUCUGCACCCUGGCAGCCCUUCUAAGCCCCAACCGCGGAGCGUUGCUCUUAUCGCCCCAGAUUCACCCGUCAAAGAAGCCGAAACACGCCGAACAAUCCGUCGAGGAUGCAAUCACGUCGGAGAAUGACCAGGAGACCACUCUGCGCGUACAUGGCGUGCGGCUCAUGGAAUUGACAGAUCGUGACUCCAGUGUCAUGAAAGUCUCAGCCGGAGAGCAUGCUAUGUGGGACCCUGUGGUUAACACCUUCCGCGCCUUUGGCGAGUGGCAAGAUGUCUCUCUCAUGGCGGGUGUGUCUGUGGUUCCAGAAUAUUCAUACGCAGAGACUGUCAUCAACAUGGCUCGCCAAGACACCUCGGACCUCCUCCUUCUCCCUUGGAGCGAGACCGGAACCUUGGCCGACCGGCAAAGUAGUCUUGAAGUUGACACUGCAAGCCGAUUCGCCAAUGGAGCCUACACUGAUUUCGUGUCCAACAUUCUCGAGCGAGUUCCGGGCCAUGUAGGUAUCUUGAUUGAGCAUAACUCAGAGUCUCACUCUACCAAGCGGCCAGCCACUCAGCGCUCGACGAGUGGACUGAGCAUUCAGGCUGUUGGGUCGCGACCGGCUUUUGGAAGUCGCUCUCGUCAUAUUGUACUCCCAUUCUUCGGUGGUGAAGAUGACCGUUUCGCACUUCGUCUUGUCCUGCAACUCGCUCAGAACGAGCAUGUCACAGCCACUAUCAUUCAAGUUGCAGGGCUGCAAUCAGACCCAAGCAAAGCGGGUGCCUCGACAUCCGUUUCCUCCGGGACGCAUGCCGGAACACCAAGCAGCCAGUCGGAUAUCGUGUUCUUUGAAACCCUGCGUGAUUCUGUGCCAGAGGGCUUGAAAGAUCGUGUCAUUUUCCAACAGGCUGGUGUGCAGGAGACGAUUAGUGAUCCAGUCCAGCUGGCUCUGGCUGCCGUGAAACAAGACCUCGACCUCACUACCAACAAGCGAAGCAGUAUUGUGGUCGUCGGAAGACAUAGUGGCCCUGGUGGUUCUGGCAUUUCCAUUAAUCUGGGACCCCAUGGUGUCGGCACUGAUACCCAACGAGCCCUUGGACCCGUGGCCUCGGCGAUGUUACAGCCAGAGAGCACAGUUCCUGGUAGCGUAUUGGUGCUACAGGCUGGUGUGAACCCUAGUUUAUUUGAUAAUUACCGUCUGGGCACCCUGGGCGAUGGCUACGAGUUUGCCGAGGAUGGCGUAUUCGAGCUUAAGUUUGAUACUGUAGGCGACAGGUUUGAACAUUACUUGGACGGCGUAGUAGCCGACGUAUUCGAUGACGACAAUGGCAAUGUCGAGGAUGAGGAUGACAAUGUUGAUGCUGAAGACGAUGAGCGUGACGCAAAUCAGACUCCAGAAAUAACAGCCACGGCGGCGUUUGAAGGAGACGAAACACAGGACGAUGAGUUCAAUGGCAUUGUACCAGGCAAUGGCGGCAAAGGCCGCGAAGAUCUCGGUGCGCACUGGAGUUUGGGACGAGUCGGGGUGAAGCAGCGAGUCCGCGGCACCGGGGGGUUUCGAUGA